AUGAUGGCCAUGAACGCCAAGCAGCCUUUCGGCAUGCACCCCGUACUGCAAGAACCCAAAUUCUCCAGCCUGCACUCCGGCUCUGAGGCCAUGCGCCGAGUUUGUCUCCCAGCCCCGCAGCUGCAGGGUAAUAUAUUUGGAAGCUUUGAUGAGAGCCUGCUGGCACGCGCAGAAGCUCUGGCGGCGGUGGAUAUCGUCUCCCACGGCAAGAACCAUCCGUUCAAGCCCGACGCCACCUACCAUACCAUGAGCAGCGUGCCCUGCACGUCCACCUCGCCCACGGUGCCCAUCUCCCACCCGGCUGCACUCACCUCGCACCCGCACCACGCGGUGCACCAGGGCCUCGAGGGCGACUUAUUGGAGCACAUCUCGCCCACGCUGAGCGUGAGCGGCCUGGGGGCCCCGGAGCACUCGGUGAUGCCUGCGCAGAUCCACCCGCAUCAUCUAGGCGCCAUGGGCCACUUGCACCAGGCCAUGGGCAUGAGUCACCCGCAUGCCGUAGCGCCUCACAGUGCCAUGCCUGCGUGUCUCAGCGACGUGGAGUCAGACCCUCGAGAGCUGGAAGCCUUCGCCGAGCGCUUCAAGCAGAGGCGCAUCAAGUUGGGGGUAACCCAGGCGGACGUGGGCGCGGCUUUAGCCAAUCUCAAGAUCCCUGGCGUGGGUUCACUCAGCCAGAGCACCAUCUGCAGGUUCGAAUCUCUCACCCUGUCGCACAACAACAUGAUAGCGCUCAAGCCGGUCCUCCAGGCCUGGCUGGAGGAGGCGGAGGCUGCCUACCGAGAGAAGAAUAGCAAGCCGGAGCUCUUCAACGGCAGUGAGCGUAAGCGCAAACGCACGUCCAUCGCGGCUCCAGAGAAGCGCUCACUCGAAGCCUAUUUUGCUAUCCAGCCACGUCCUUCAUCCGAGAAGAUCGCGGCCAUCGCUGAGAAACUGGACCUUAAAAAGAAUGUGGUGAGGGUCUGGUUCUGUAACCAGAGACAGAAACAGAAACGAAUGAAGUACUCGGCUGUCCACUGA